UGUGGACUGUAUACUCAAUACAAUCUAAAUCUGAUACCUCACUGUCAAACUAGAUAUGAUGUGGACUGUAUACUCAAUACAAUCUAAAUCUGAUACCUCACUGUCAAACUAGAUAUGAUGUGGACUGUAUACUCAAUACAAUCUAAAUAUGAUACCUCACUGUCAAACUAGAUAUGAUGUGGACUGUAUACUCAAUACAAUCUAAAUAUGAUACCUCACUGUCAAACUAAAUAUGAUGUGGACUGUAUACUCAAUACAAUCUAAAUAUGAUACCUCACUGUCAAACUAGAUAUGUGGACUGUAUACUCAAUACAAUCUAAAUCUGAUACCUCACUGUCUGUCUUUUGACUGAUGCUUCUUUUUUUUCUGGUCAGUUAACAGUGUGUUUGUGAAAUGAUGAUGAUCUCUUUGCAGGCUGUCAGGCUGUCUAGUCACAGAGGAAGGUUGUGCUUCUCUGGUCUCAGCUCUGAAAUCAAACCCCUCACACCUGAGAGAGCUGGACCUGAGCUACAAUCACCCAGGAGACUCAGGAGUCAGACUGCUCUCUGCUAGACUGGAGGAUCCACACUGGAGACUGGAGAAACUUAAUGUGGAACAUGGUGGAGAGAACACAAUGAAACCUGGGCUUAGAAAAUAUGCCUGUGAUCUCACACUGGACCCAAACACAGUAAACAGACUCCUCUCUCUGUCUGAGGAGAACAGAAAGGUGACAUGUAGGAGACAGGAGCGGCGGUAUCCUGUUCACCCAGAUAGAUUUGAGGACUGUGAACAGGUGCUGUGUAGAGAGGGUCUGACUGGGCGCUGUUACUGGGAGGUAGAGAGGAGUGGGGGAGGGGCUGUUAUGGGAGUGACAUAUAAAGGAAUCAAAAGGAGAGGAGGGGGCAUUGACUGUGGGAUUGGAUACAAUGACAAGUCCUGGAGUCUGGUCUGCUCUGACUACAGUUACAAGGCCUGUCACAAUAAUAAUCACACUACCAUAGACGUCCACUCAUCCAGCUCCCACAGAGUAGGAGUGUAUCUGGACUGGCCAGCCGGCACUCUGUCCUUCUACAGAGUCUCCUCUGACUCACUGACCCACCUGUACACAUUCUACACCACAUUCACUGAGCCCCUCUAUCCAGGGUUUAGGGUUUAUGAUGUUACCUCCUCAGUGUCCCUUUGUCAAGUGGUCACUGUGUCAAACACAACAUGAUGUUUCACUCUAAUCAUGUGUUUUAUGUUAGAUCACAAUAUGACAUUUAAAUGCAUGGAGGAACACACACACACACCAGUUUGGAUCAAUUCUUUUCCUGGAAAUAAUAACCAUGGUAACUCUCUGUCCGGACACUGUGUUCGUCUCUUUCUGUGAUCCUGCGCCCUGUGAGAACACACACACGGUACACACACACACUAUACACACACACUGGACUCACACACACAAACACACACACACACAGGACACACACACACGCAACGGACACACACACACGCACUGGACACACAUACUGGACAAACACACGCACUGGACAAACACACGCAUUGGGGACACACACGCAUUGGGGACACACACGCAUUGGGGACACACACGCAUUGGGGACACACACACACUGGACACACACACACUGGACACACACACACACAAACAUAAAUGGCCCCGGAGAAGAAGGCAGAUGUUUUACGUGCCCUCAACCGAUUGUGUUUUUUGUUAGUUUAUUUGCAUUGUUUGUAACUUAUUUUUUAAACUUAUUUUGUACAUAAUGUUGCUGCUACCGUCUCUUAUGACCAAAAAAUAACUUCUGGACAUCAGGACUGCGAUUACUCACCACGGACUGGCAGAAUCCUUUUUUCCCUUUAACGAGUCUGACGAGCCCGACGCAAACAUUAUACUGCUUUCUCGGGAACAGGCCCAGAACCCUGUGAUGUGGCAGGGCUUGCAAACCAUUACAGACUACAAAGGGAAGCACAGCCGAGAGCUGCCCAGUGACACGAGCCUACCAGAUGAGCUAAACUACUUAUAUGUUCGCUUCCAGGCAAAGAACACUGAAACAUGCAUGAGAGAACCAGCUGUUCCGGAAGACUGUGUGAUCACAGGUCAACAUUCACAAGGCUGCAGAGCCAGAAGGAUUACCAGGACCUGUACUGUGAGCAUGUGUUGAUUAACUGGCAAGUGUCUUCACUGACAUUUUCAACCUCUCCCUGUCUCAGUCUGUAAUACAAACAUGUUUUAAGCAGACCACCAUAGUCCCUGUGCCCAAGAACGCUAAGGUAACCUGCCAAAAUGACUACCAACCCGUAGCACUCACAUCUGUAGCUAUGAAGUGCUAUGAAAGGCUGGUCAUGUCUCACAUCAACACCAUUAUCCCAGAAACCCUAGACCCACUCCAAGUUGCAUACCUCACCAACAGAUCCACUGAUGAUGCAAUCUCUAUUGCACUCCACACUGCCCUUUCCCAACUGGACAAUAGGAACACCUAUGUGAGAAUGCUAUUCAUUGUUCAACACCAUAGUGCCCUCAAAGCUCAUCACUAAGCUAAAGACCCUGGGACUAAACACCUCCCUCUGUAACUGGAUCCUGGACUUUGAUGGGCUGCCACCAGGUGGUAAGGGUAGGUAACAACACAUCUGCCACGCUGAUCCUCAACACAGGGGCCCCUCAGGGGUGCGUGCUCAGUCCACUCCUGUACUCCCUGUUCACUCGUGACUGCACGGCCAGGCACGACUCCAACACCAUCAUUAAGUUUGUCGGUGACACAACAGUGGUGAAGAGGGCACGACAAAACCUAUUCCCCCUCAGGAGACUGAAAAGAUUUGGCAUAGGUCCAUAGAGAGCAUCCUGACUGGUUGCAUCACUUUCUGGUAUGGCAACUGCUCGGCUUCUGACCGCAAGGCACUACAGAGGGUAGUGCGAACGGCCCAGUACAUCACUUUGGCCAAGCUUCCUGCCAUCCAGGACCUCUAUACUAAGUGGUGUCAGAGGAAGGCCCUAAAAAUUGUCAGAGACUCCAGCCACCCUAGUCAUAGACUGUGCACGGUAGUGUGAAUCCCCGAGCUGACAAGGCACAAAUCUGUCGUUCUGCCCACUGUUCCUAGGCCAUCAUUGAAAAUAAGGAUUUGUUCUUACAACUGACUUGCCUAGUAAAAUAAAGGUGAAAAAAAUAAUAAUGACAAACCUAUUGAUUAAAACUGCUAAAUGAACGCACUUAGGAGCAAACGUCAGUGAGUGAAGUGAA